AUCAAUAUGGCGGUUGUCAGCCAGACAAAGACAGUCAGUCUGAUGUGAUUGAGACAAGGGAGGUUUUCAGGGGGAGACUGGGAGAUAGGAGCCUCCCCUCCCCCAUCUGCUCUUCCUGUGCAGGCCUGGAGCCCUCCUCAGCCCCUCCCGCAGGGCGCCCCGCGGUGAAGAUCCCCUCCCCCUUCCGCCUUCCUUCCUCCCUCCCUCAGCCUGGCGCUGGGACGCUGGGGAGGGGGCUGAGCCGGGUGCAGAGAACUCCCAGCUGGGUUUCCGAGAAUGGUAAAUAAUAUUCUACAGGCUGGCUCUCUCUGCAAAGGCCAUUGAUCCACCUCAUGUAAAGUAUGCUCAGCUCCUUUCCAGUGGUUUUGCUGGAAACCAUGUCUCACUAUACAGAUGAACCCAGAUUUACCAUAGAACAGAUAGAUCUGCUCCAACGUCUUCGGCGUACUGGGAUGACCAAACAUGAAAUUCUGCAUGCAUUAGAAACUUUGGACCGUCUGGAUCAAGAGCAUAGCGAUAAGUUUGGAAGGAGAUCCAGCUACGGGGGAAGCGCAUAUGGAAACAGCACCAACAAUGUCCCAGCAUCUUCCUCUACAGCCACAGCUUCCACCCAGACCCAGCAUUCGGGAAUGUCUCCAUCACCCAGCAACAGUUACGAUACCUCCCCACAGCCUUGCACUACCAAUCAAAAUGGGAGGGAGAACAAUGAUCGAUUGUCUACGUCCAAUGGAAAGAUGUCACCAUCUCGCUACCAUGCGAACAGCAUGGGGCAGAGGUCAUACAGCUUUGAGGCCUCAGAAGAGGACCUGGAUGUGGAUGACAAAGUGGAGGAGUUAAUGAGGAGGGACAGCAGUGUGAUAAAAGAGGAAAUCAAAGCCUUUCUUGCCAAUCGGAGGAUUUCCCAAGCAGUUGUUGCACAGGUAACAGGUAUCAGUCAGAGUCGGAUCUCUCAUUGGCUGUUGCAGCAGGGAUCAGACCUGAGUGAACAGAAGAAAAGAGCAUUUUACCGAUGGUAUCAACUUGAAAAGACAAACCCUGGGGCUACGUUAAGUAUGAGGCCUGCCCCCAUUCCAAUAGAGGACCCUGAGUGGAGACAGACACCUCCCCCAGUCUCUGCCACACCCGGAACUUUCCGACUCCGGCGAGGAAGCAGAUUUACCUGGAGAAAGGAGUGCCUAGCAGUCAUGGAAAGUUACUUCAAUGAGAACCAGUACCCAGAUGAAGCAAAGAGAGAAGAGAUUGCCAACGCUUGCAAUGCAGUCAUCCAGAAGCCAGGCAAAAAGCUGUCUGACCUGGAACGAGUUACUUCUCUGAAAGUAUAUAAUUGGUUUGCUAAUCGACGAAAGGAGAUCAAGAGGAGAGCCAAUAUCGAAGCAGCAAUCCUGGAGAGUCAUGGGAUAGACGUACAGAGUCCAGGAGGCCACUCCAACAGUGAUGAUGUGGACGGGAACGACUACUCAGAGCAGGACACUUGGCAAGCACGCAAUGGGGAGGAGGAGGAGGGAAGAAGUUCAGAGGGAGGCAGAGAAGCAGAGAAGAUGCAGCGGUCACGGUCGACCAGCACCUGGCAGGCCCCAUGUAACUGAGGAAUGUCAACUGGAUGCAGAUGGAGGGACGGCAGCUUUCAGUCAGAGCACCGGGAGGGCCAGGGUUCUGGGCCCUGACUGGACUUGACGUUCUAGCGAGAGCUGAAUGCUGAGGAGUGACAGCCAGUCCUGCUGAAGCGCAGUUGGCUGUGGGUCUGGGAGCGAGCUGGCAUGGCCCCCUGGGAAGCGGAGAGAAGGCUCACACGCUCUGCCCAGACACUGGGGACCAGAUGUCUUGAGGUUGCCUGCAGGUAGUCAGCACGGUGGCUGUGUAGGAUCCUGCCAGACGAGUCGGGGAGGGGCAGGGCGCCCUCCUGGCCAUGGCUGUGUGUGUCUCAGUCUGCGUGUUUCCUUUUGGUGUCUCCUCUGGUCUCUGUCCCCAUCUGUGUGCCAUGUGUCCCUGAGGGUGAGUCACACCUGUGUCUGAGUCUGCUGUAGGGUGUUCAGUCUACCUCAAGGGGUCAUCAUGGCAAGCUCUGUCCACACGGAACCCUCCUUACAUGCCACACACACUGGAAUGUAUACCACCCACCCCAGAGCCCUGACCCCAUCCUUCCCCAUAAUCACCACGACUCCUAGUGCAAAUUGGAUGCUGCUUUAAAUGUGAAAAAAAAAAAUUGUUCAAAAGCUAUAAAAUCUGAAUGAAAGCUAAAGCUGAAUUUAUAAGCCUUGUUGCAUAUGAGCCAAAAGUGCAAAAAGCUCUAUAUAAUGAACUAACCUGCCACUCGUAUAAAUAUAAAUAUAUAUAAAUAUAUUAAAAAUCAGACUGUUCUACAAAAUUGUGUAUUUGUAUUUUUGUGUACGUACAAUUUUCUGCUAAGCAGAAGGAGGGUGUAGUAUAGGGCGCUGUGAGAAGAGAUUUGGUUUAAUCCCAUUUCUGUUACUUAUUUUUGUUAACAUCAGAUGCCUGUCUUCGUCUUCUCUGUGUAUGACACUGUUUGGAAAGCUGCAGUAUCCUUCUUCCUUAGGCCAGAGUCUGUGAUGAUAAAGCUGGGGCCCAGGGAGGUGUCUCGGCCACCCGACCAGGGGUGGGUUGGGGUACAGGGCUCGCAUCCCUGAGGCCAGGCAUGGCAUUCUGACUUGUCUCUGGGAAGCAAAUUCCCCUUCUAGAAACCAGCUUCCCAGACAGGAUUGUUGAAUAGUCACUGACAAGGGGAGACUUCUUUCUGAUGCCCGGGUGGCGCUGCUUGGCGUAUCGCCCAGCCCCCCGGCUGUCACCAAGUCACUUCUCCCUUCCAGGUAGCUGCUGCCUUUUCAGACAGGGUUACCGGAUGCCUGUCACCAGACCUCCAAUCCUUUACCUGGAGCAUCUCAGAACCCACUUUUCCGGUGCUAAACAGGAGAGGGGUUAGAGUGGUUGCCAACGAUGGCCAGAACCAACCCACCAGAGGCCGAGACAAGCUUGGGUGCCCACUGCUGCCCAUACCCUCCCAGCCCCCUCCUGGCCCCUGGUGGAGCCUGCUCUAGGGAGUGAUACUGCACCUUCCCAGUAGGACUCGGAUUAUAACAAUGUGUGAUGACUGUAGCAAGCAGCCCUUGUUUCUGGGUGUAAAUGGUCAAAGAAACAAGGGCUCUACUGUAUUGAUUAAAUAGUUCCGAUGAGUCCUGUUUCAUUGUAUCUCCUAUUCUGGAUUAGUGCCUUUUGGACAGUAGACUGUUCUGUAAUUAAAAUGUAGUAUACUGCUUUUUUGUACAGUUUUGUUUUAAUAAAACUUUUUUUUAAUUUGUGUUUAUUUUAGUAUUGUACCUAUUAGAGAAUAAAAUGUAUAACUGAACAAA